UAAAAGACGUAUAUCGUUCGUUAAAAGAGGAAAUUGGUGAUUAUGUGACGUUAACAGAUUUAGGAUAUGUCAUGCGUAGAAUGGGUAAUUUAGAUACGGCUGAACAAUUACAUCUAAAAUGUUUAACGAAACUCAAUAUAACAGAUGAUGAAAAUAUAUCAAUAUGUUAUGAAAAUCUUGGCAUAGUCUCUGCAGAUAAAGGAGAUUCUGAUAAACCAUUAACAUUGAUAAAUGAUUCAAUCAAAAUUAAAUUAAAAUCAUCAAUGUCAUAUACGUGA